CAAAACUGAUAGAUCGAUAUAUAUAUCAAGGAGAAAGAAAGAGCAGAACUGUGACUCACGAGUAAAUGCAUCUCAGAUUCGUCCAGCAGAAGAACUAAGAAGACCAUCCGAGAAACAUCUGUUGAAUAUUUUGCAUCGCUAAUUUAACCGAAUAAAAAAUAAAAAAAGGAAACAUUUUCAAAAUGGAACUCAAGUGGAGGACUCCUGCCAAAAUAAUUGCCAUCAUAGAUGGGGCAUUUUCGAGUCUGUCGGUCAUGAUGUGCCUCCUGACUAUUGUCGUCGUCUUGUUUGGAAAGGAAUACUUGAUUGAAGAAUUGAACAAGGAAGGUGCACUUGGGGACAAUGAUGCUGCUGAAGCUGCAGAUCUCUUCCGGAGACAUUCAUCUGUCAUGAUUGCAAUGAUGGUCGUUCUGAUUGGAAUCUCUAUCGCUGUCGGAAUAGUGGUUGUGGUUGGAGCUGUCAAACUGUACCAGGCAACGAAACAGAGCGCAAACCCGAGCGAAGUGAAAGGGAAAGCCAGCUUUUACCGAACUUUGAGCAUCAUCAUCUUCAUCCUGGCGAUUUUUGCCCUCCUUGGAGUCAAGGGGGGAGAUGGGACUUGCCUGUUUCUCUUCUGUGGAGCCUUCCGUGGAGUGGCCAUCCUCGUGGUGUCAUUUUUCAUGAAGGAAUUGGACAAGGUAGCUGGAAGUGCACCACCAGUCUACUACGACGUGGGAAAGGGGGUUUAGAUCUGAAGCAGGAUGUCACAAAUCGAUUCUUGUUCUAAAUAAUGUAUGUGUCAAUGUUUGUGUCCAAAAUAUUUGGGCCUAUCCGCUUUUUGCAAAUCAAUUCAUAAUUAAAUAUGAGAAGUACUACUGAUAUAAUUUCUUAAAAAACCAUAUGUCUAUGUAGAUGCCAUCUCUGUACGUUACAAUUUAAAAUCUUGUCAAUACUCGUACUAGAACUGCUUCCAAUUCUUAUUCCUAAAUAAUUAAUUUCGUAAUUUUUCAUUAAUAAUUCUAAGUUCAUGUAUUACAUAAUAUGUAGAUCUGAUGAAUUUCCAGCCAUUAUUUAAUUUUGCUGCCUCAUGCAGUACUGAUGCUGCUUUAGUAAUUAAUACGCAUUCUGGUUAACUUGUAACUUUCCCUUGGAAUCCGGAUCGGAUUUAUGCUUUCUUUGUUAGGUUUAGGUUAUAAAAUUAGACGACAUGUUUAUAGGAUUAAGCUUUGUGGAAUAUAUAUAUAUGUAUACCUGUUAUAUGUAUACCUGUUAUAUGUGUACCUGUUACAGAAAUGAAAAUUGCAGACUGAAAUUGCCACCUCAAGUUAAAUAUUUAUUUAUUUAGUCGGUCUGAAAUGUUGUAAAGAAAAAAUAACGGUUUAGCUUCUUUCUCUACGAAAAACUGUACUCUCUAGUUUUGCGAUUCGGGUGAAACAGAUUCGAUGUAAAAAUCAAUAUAUAUUUCAAAUAAAGUGUCAUUUUUCGAUCAAUGUUAAUACGCUUUUUCUGUUAUUGCUAACAACGUUUUAACGUCAUGUGUAAUUACUCAAAAAUAGAACAAAAAGUUACUAUUGCUAGAUAUUUCGAGGUUAUACACAUGUAUACAUACAUACAUAUGUACAAUUGAGAAAUGGGGAAUAAAUGAUCGUUUAUUUUAAUAACUGAAAAA